AAAACGGCGCGUUUAAGCGCUUGACAAGAAUUGCCACCAAAAACAUUCUCGCUCGCCAUCUCGACUCUGACAGACCCAGACCCAGACCCAUUUGCUCCUUUACCUUCACGGUCACUGAAUCUGAUGCCUCCCAAUCUCUCCUCCCUGGUCUUCUUCCUCUUCUUUUUCUUGCUGGGCUCUGGGGCUCGAGCCAUUGGUGUGAACUGGGGCACAACGGCGUCGCAUCCUCUGCCACCAACCAAGGUCGUGGAGCUCUUGAAAGCCAACAAUAUCACCGUCAAGCUCUCGAUGCUGACCCACUGUCCUCAAGCACUCUCCGGCUCUAACAUGGGCGUCACUGUUGGUAUCCCGAACUCCAUGCUUAAAAGCUUGAACUCUUCCAAGAAAGCUGCAGAGAGCUGGGUACAUGAUAACGUCACCCGCUACUUCUCAGGUGGCACCAAUAGAGUUCGAAUCGAGUAUAUUGCUGUUGGAGAUGAGCCAUUUCUUCAAAGUUAUGGAGACCAGUUCCUCUCCUUUGUUAUUGGAGCUGUCAUGAAUAUCCAAAUAGCCUUGACCAAAGCAAACUUGCCGGGCGAGGUGAAAGUUGUGGUUCCAUGCAGCUUUGACACCUUUAUGACAGAAUCUGGCCUGCCCUCUAAAGGACAAUUUAGGAACGACCUAAACAAAACUAUGAUCGAACUCCUAACAUUUCUCAGCAAGCAUCACUCACCUUUAUUUGUGACAAUAUCUCCUUUCCUAAGUUUCCACCAAAACAAGAACAUUUCCCUUGAUUUUAGUCUCUUCAAAAGAACUGCACGCCCUCAUAAUGACAGUCGUAGAAUAUACAGAAACAGCUUUGACUUAAGCUAUGAUACUUUAGUUGCUGCAUUAGCGUCGGUUGGAUUUCCAGCAAUGGACAUUGUUGUGGCAAAAAAUGGGUGGCCUACAGAUGGAGCACCCAAUGCAACUGCAACUCUUGCAGAGACCUUCAUGAAUGGCUUGAUGGAUCAUCUUAGUAGCAAAUCAGGCACACCACUUAGACCUCGGAGACCACCAAUAGAGACAUACAUUUUUAGCCUUUUAGACGAGGAUCAAAGAAGCAUAGCCACUGGAAAUUUCGAGAGACAUUGGGGUGUAUUCACCUUUGAUGGCCAAGCAAAGUACCAUUUUAGUUUUGGUCAGGGUUCGAAAAACCUUGUAAAUGCACAGAAUGUCGAGUACCUUUCUUCCAGAUGGUGUGUUGUGAACAAUAACAUGGAUCUAUCAAAUGCAUCCACAAGAGCUCUGGAACUAUGUAGUGCAGCUGAUUGCACCGCGCUGUCCCCAGGUGGAUCCUGUUCCAAUAUUAGUUGGCCUGGGAAUAUAUCAUAUGCAUUCAACAAUUACUACCAACAACAUGAUCAGAGGGCUGAUAGCUGUGAUUUUGGAGGGCUUGGUCUGAUCACAGCCGUUGAUCCAUCAUCUGGUACUUGCAGGUUUGCUGUUGAACUGCUUACCUCUCAUUCUUCUCCGCCGAUGCAGUUCUAUGUUUUCCACUCAAUUAUGACGUUGACCCUUAAUGUGUUGUUAUGCUUACUUAUUUCAAGUAGUUGAUAGAAAUUUAGGACCUCGUGUCUCUGUGAUAUAAUCAGUCCUAUUCUUGACGAUGUUAUUUUUCUUGGUUUCUUCUUGUGCGGAUUCCAAAUCAAGAAAGAGCGCGAAAAAAAAGUUGAGAAUGAAAGGUUUGUUUCGUCUUGUUGUCAUUUAUUUGGGCCAUUUGUGAUUUUCUUAGUUAUGGCCUAAAAGGAAAGGAACCCAAAAUCAUCAACUACCUCUCUUUUACUAGUUUCAAUCGAACAA